UUUGUCCCCCCUCACUUCCAUAUGACGCCAUUUACAGCAUAAACCCGACCUCUUCUCCGGAAAGAGGGGAAAAAAACAAGACGAGAAAAACUUGAAAGCACCUCAGUGUGCAAGGCAGCCAAACGUUCAACAAUUACAGCGAGUAUUUUUUAGAACUGUCCAGCCUACCUCGGAGUGCAACAAACUCGCAGGCCGUUGGCUAUUUGUGUACACUCAACGGAUUCAAAAGUAUCGCGUGCGCAUUUUGUUCACUUUUCUAAUUCACAAAAAAAGUGGAGCCAGCAAGCCCCUAGUGAUUGAUUCGUUUUUGGCACUAUUUCGCCUCGGGUUCUCUCGCAGUGGAAUGUAUGGCUAUGUUUUUGAUCUCUUAAAAUUGGAAUCUGGAAAUAUUGUUUGUGGCUACUUUAUCAUUGCAUUGGGUUGUGUGGAUGGGAUUCCUGAUUAAUCUAAACAGGAAUAAACUUUUCGAAUUUGGAAUUUAAUACAACAAACGGGGCUGAAGUGGUGCGAACACGGACUUCAGAUGUGUUCAAUGCCAGCCGGAGGGGUCCUUCUUCAGAGCCAAGAUGGAGACCAGUACUCAAAAUGGCAGUGGUGGCGGAGGGUCGGCCGGCUUGCUGCGUGCUUUGCGUGACAGCGGGAGGCUACACCGGCCUCACCAUGCCCAGGAACGGCAGCCCGAUCCUGGGGUAAACCCCAGCCACCAGGCCCCUGUGCUCUCGCUGGACCAGAUCAGGAUCACCGGGAGCAGUAAUGAGUACACAGAGGGACCAACGGUGGGACCCAUUGUGGUCCCUAGGCCCCCUGGCUCCUUGCCCACCCAGCAGAAGAAUGACCUGGUGGUGCCACUGGACCUGGGGACCAAUGAGGAACUGGAGCCCCAGGACUCCAGGCCCAACCAGAGGAACUUACUUCCCCAACUUCCUCAGCCCACACACUCCACAGUCCCCCCUAGGGAUGCCCAAUCUCUUUCUUCUAGCACAGAGGGCUCCAGAAACAGCCCGAGAACCAGUACAGGCAGCACGUCUUCCGUGCAGAGGCUCCUGGGUAGCCCGGCGGUUAGCGAACGGAUAAUCAGGACCCAGCCCAAACGGGUGGAGCUUAAACAGGAGGAAUUGAAGCCCCUGGCGAGUACGGUCGGAGGGGCGGUGGUGGUCACGGUGCCCGGUGGCGGUGCCCCUGCCGCUAGGGAGGGGCUGCUGGGUAAACAUGUCUACCGCUGUGAGGACUGUGGCCGGUGCAAGUGCCAGGAGUGUAUGUGCCCGCGCGCCCUGCCCUCCUGUUGGAUGUGCGGCCGACGGUGCGUAUGCUCGGUGCAGAACGCGGUGGACUAUGGGACUUGCGUGUGCUGCGUCAAGGGCCUGUUCUAUCACUGCUCCAGUGACGACGAGGAUACAUGCGCUGACAAGCCCUUCUCCUGCAGCCAGUCGCACUGCUGCGUGCGCUGGUCGGCCAUGGGCCUCCUUUCCCUGUUCCUACCCUGUCUCCUGUGCUACCUCCCAGCUAAAGGGUGUCUCGCCGCGUGCCAGAGCUGCUACGACCGCGUCAAGCGACCGGGGUGCCGGUGUAAGAACACUAACGUUGUCCACUGUAAGAGCGUUGACUGUAAGCCAACGUAAAGGGAAAGUACCUUGGGUGUUGUGGAGAAUCGAUGGGGGUUUGAGAACUUUGGGCAACUGAAACGAUCACCUCAUCACGUUUUGGCCCAGUAGUCAGAAGUUGAUUGGGGGAUUGGCUAGGCUGAGCUGUUUGACGUGGUUUGUGUCAUUUGUUUUCAGCUAUGGUUGUUAAUACAGGCUGCUUGAUCACCAAGUUUCCUGAUUUUGUAUUGUUUUAAUCGAAGUCCAGAAUGUUAGCUCUUUUGACAUUUAUUAAUACAACUGAUAUGCUAUGGACAGACUCUCCUGACUAACUUGUUUGUGAAUAGUAAAUCGCAAAAGUAUGUAAAUUAGCAAAUGACCUCCUCAGAGAUGUUUUAUUUUUGUAUAUAUAAUAUUUCAACUGUGCAAAGCAUUCUGCCAAACCAGAGGCACCUUGAUGAUAGAUCCAUAUAUAUUAUGUAAUACAAUGUUUAAUGUUGUACAUUCAUGGGAAUGUAUGUCAAUCAUUUUUGAUGUUUGCCUUACAAGAGAAGGACAUUUACACAUCUUGUCCCUUCAACUCCACAUGUAAAUUGUACAGUGACCCUAUAAGAAAAUCUUUAUUUUCUAAUUUCAACAUUGUUUUAGUGGAAAGAAUAUUUAUUUGAAGUUUUAUUAUUUUAUAAAGAAAAUAUUUAUUUUGAGAAGCAUCUUUUAAAAAACAUCAGCCUGUUCAAGUACUCUGAUGUUGUUGCAAGUUAGGGUGACUAGGGUGUCAAAUUGGAUGCAUAUGUUCGCUAUGAAAUAGAAAAAUAUAUUAACGUUUGAAAUUAAACCCUGCUGUUUUUGUCAGUU